AUGACCGAACAGCAGGCCGUCUCCAGGAUUGCAAUCCGUUUGCCGCCGUUCUGGCCCGACAACCCGGUACUCUGGUUCGCGCAGGCAGAGGCAAGUUUUAGCUGCGCUGGAAUAACGGUCGAAGCAACUAAAUUUGCGCUGAUUGUGAGCCAACUCGACCAACGUUAUGCAGCCGAGGUGCAGGACAUAAUCACAGCACCGCCCGAGGCUGGAGCUUAUGCCAGGCUAAAAUCAGAGUUGAUUCGACGGGUGGCCGCGUCGCAAGAGGACCGGAUACGUCAGGUUCUGACACAGGAAGAAAUUGGCGACAGGAAGCCUUCUCAAUACCUGCGACAUCUACGCAGCAAAGUUGACACCGUUACUGUGCCAGACAGUCUGCUAAGAACGCUGUGGAGCAGUAGGUUGCCGCCGCAAAUAAAGCCAUAA